AUGACUCGAUUCGCGCAAUCCGUACAUGUAUAUGACCGUUCUGUGGAUGCCACAGUCGAACUUAACCUGGAUUCGGCUGAGUAUAGCAGAACGGUCACCCGUGCGAUAUUGGCGCACUUGAAAGUAAUAAACCAAGGCAACCCCGUGUUCUCUACCAAUCUUCCACUAGACGCGUUACUCGCCCCCAGCACCAAGAGUCGCAAAAACCGCGGAAUCGCUCGUCCGCAAAACGAAUUCGUCCUGUAUCGAAAGGACAUACAGCCAGAGAUCGUCCGUACCAAUCCGACCGCGACAUUUUCCGAGAUUUCGAAAAUUGCGGGGGCGAGAUGGAAAGACGAAAACCCUGAUAAGAAGAGGUUUUUUACCAUCUUAAGUCAAGCAGGGUACCUGGCAUACCAGGAGUUAUUCCCCGGGUAUUCAUACAAACCGAGGCGUGCAUACAAGAAAAAAGAGGGCAGGUCUAUUGAAACGAGUCGUGGAGGUAAUAACGGCUGCGUCGAGUUUGUCGAACACGGGAAUGUAAACUAA